GGGAAAGUGGUGCGGAAGGAGCUGACAGGGCAGGCAGGGGGCGCGAAGGGCCGAGGCGACAGCUCUGCCACCUGGGCGGGAGCCGCCAGGACGUUUCCUCUCCCCCGGGCGUUAUUGUGCGCCUGGCUUCUAAAAGAUUACGUCUAUUUUGAGAAUUCCUCCAGCAAUCCUUACCUGGUUAGAAGGAUUGAAGAGCUCAAUAAGACAGCAAAUGGAAACGUGGAGGCAAAGGUUGUGUGCCUUUUCCGGCGAAGGGACAUUUCUAGUAGCCUCAACAGCCUGGCUGAUAGCAAUGCCAGGGAGUUUGAGGAGGAGUCAAAGCAACCGGGGGUGUCAGAGCAGCAGCGACACCAACUGAAGCACCGGGAGCUUUUCCUUUCUCGGCAGUUCGAGUCGUUACCGGCCACCCACAUAAGGGGGAAAUGCAGUGUGACCCUCUUGAAUGAGACCGACAUCUUAAGCCAAUACUUGGAAAAGGAGGACUGCUUCUUUUAUUCACUCGUCUUCGACCCUGUGCAGAAGACACUUCUAGCUGAUCAGGGGGAGAUCCGAGUUGGUUGCAAAUACCAAGCUGAGAUCCCAGAUCGCCUGGCAGAGGGAGAAUCCGAUAAUCGGAACCAACAGAAGAUGGAGAUGAAGGUCUGGGACCCAGACAACCCUCUCACAGACCGGCAGAUCGAUCAGUUUCUCGUGGUGGCCCGGGCUGUGGGGACUUUCGCAAGAGCCCUAGAUUGCAGCAGCUCCAUUCGGCAGCCAAGCCUGCACAUGAGCGCAGCCGCUGCCUCCCGAGACAUCACGCUGUUUCACGCAAUGGAUACACUGCAGAGGAACGGCUACGACUUGGCUAAAGCCAUGUCGACCCUGGUGCCCCAGGGGGGCCCGGUGCUGUGUCGGGACGAGAUGGAGGAGUGGUCGGCCUCUGAGGCCAUGUUGUUUGAGGAGGCCCUGGAGAAGUAUGGCAAGGAUUUCAAUGAUAUUCGCCAGGAUUUUCUGCCUUGGAAGUCACUUGCCAGCAUAGUCCAGUUUUAUUACAUGUGGAAAACCACAGACCGCUACAUUCAGCAGAAGAGAUUGAAAGCUGCUGAAGCAGACAGCAAACUAAAACAAGUCUAUAUCCCUACCUAUACUAAGCCAAAUCCUAACCAGAUCAUCUCUGUGGGCUCGAAACCUGGCAUGAACGGGGCUGGAUUCCAGAAGGGCCUGACUUGCGAGAGCUGCCACACCACACAGUCUGCCCAGUGGUACGCCUGGGGCCCGCCCAACAUGCAGUGCCGCCUCUGUGCUUCCUGCUGGAUCUACUGGAAGAAGUAUGGGGGACUGAAGACCCCGACCCAGCUGGAGGGGGCUGCUCGGGGCACAACAGAGCCACACUCGAGGGGUCAUUUGUCUCGACCAGAAGCCCAGAGUCUCUCUCCCUAUACGACCAGCGCCAACCGGGCCAAGCUGCUGGCUAAGAACAGGCAAACAUUCCUGCUUCAGACCACAAAGCUGACCCGUCUUGCCAGACGCAUGUGCAGGGACCUGUUACAGCCGAGGAGGGCUGCCCGACGACCCUAUGCCCCUAUCAAUGCCAAUGCCAUCAAGGCAGAGUGCUCCAUUCGACUUCCUAAGGCUGCGAAGACUCCGCUGAAGAUUCACCCUCUGGUGCGGCUGCCCCUGGCAACUAUUGUCAAAGAUUUGGUGGCCCAGGCACCUCUGAAACCAAAAACACCUCGGGGCACCAAGACACCGAUCAACAGAAACCAACUGACCCAGAACCGGGGUCUGGGGGGCAUUAUGGUGAAACGGGCCUAUGAGACUAUGGCAGGAGCAGGGGCCCCCUUCUCUGCCAAUGGGAGACCUCUGGCCUCAGGGAUUCGCUCAAGCUCACAGCCAGCAGCCAAGCGUCAGAAGCUAAAUCCGGCUGAUGCCCCCAAUCCUGUGGUGUUUGUGGCCACAAAGGAUACCAGGGCCCUGCGGAAGGCUCUGACCCACCUGGAAAUGCGGCGAGCUGCCCGCCGGCCCAACUUGCCCCUGAAGGUGAAGCCACCACUGAUUGCAGUGCGGCCCCCAGUCCCACUCUCUGCACCGUCACAUCCUGCCAGCACCAACGAGCCCAUUGUCCUGGAGGAUUGAGCAUCUGCAGGGGGGAGGGAGGUGGGCUGAAAGCUAGAGGAUGGGUGCCCAGGGCACCCAACCUCCCUUCCCUCUAGUAUCAAAGGGAAUGAGGAGGGAGGGAGGGAGGGAGCAAGUGAGUGUGUGUCCUCCAAGGGGUUGGGGCGCCCUCUGGUGUUACCACUUGGGCUAGUCCCCUUCCUAUGCUUCUCCACGCCUGGUGGUGGAGGGGGCACUGCAGGAACUUGGUCUAGUGUGGGAACCUAGCCUGUUUUCAGGGGUAGGACCCACAGUUGUCUUGGACAGUUGGGGGGAGGGUUUUUUAAUUUUUUAAAAAUUUUGCCUCCCUUUGUGAAAGGGGACAGGGGAGGGGAAGAGUAAAUUGAUAGGAGGUGGUGGUACCUGGUUGGGGGUGGGGGGCGUGCACUGCCAUGACUGCCAUGUCUGUAUCUUUUUUUUCUUUUUUUCUAAUGGGGGUUUCUCUUCCUGUCCGGUGUCCGGACCUUUCCGUAUUGGAGUUUGAGGCCCCUAAGCUGGCAUCAAUCCCAGCCCAUGCUCUUUCUUUUCCUUCCCUCUCCUUGUCCCCUCUGCCUUUUGUACGCCAAUUCUCAGAAAUAAAGAUCUUUUGUCCGUUUUUUUAACCUCGGAUUCUGUAAUUGGUUCUUAUAGUAACAAAUAAAAAGCUGUUUUCUUCA